CUCCUUGUCAUGGCGUCGGUUCGUGCACUCCUUGUGUUGGGCCUGGCAGUCCAACUGUGUCCCUCCCGAUCCCACGAUUCCUUAGAAGUACAUUAUGAACUGCAACCUCCUGAGCAUGAAUAUCUACCUCCGAAAAAGUACGACCCUCAGGAACCUUCUACGACAUACGACUUUCAGGAAGUGUUUAAGAAAGACGACUAUCAGGAGGUUCUGACGAAGGAUGGGUAUCAGGAACCUCUGCUAGCCUCGUACCAAGAACCCCUCAAGACAUACCAAGAGGAACCUCCGAAGAUCUCUUACCAGGCACCUUCUGAAACAUACAAGGAACCACCGAAAACUUCCUACGAAGACUCUUCCAAGGAGUAUAACUAUCAGGAACCUUCCAAGGCAUUCAGCUACCAAGAACCUUCCAAAAAGGCCGAUUACCAGGACCCUGUAAUAGUCUCCUACCAAGAACCUCCGAAAACCAAGGACGGAUACCAAGGCCCUGUGAAGACUUCCUCAGAGGAAUCUUCAAAGGAGUACACUUAUCAGGAACCUUUAAAGACGUUUGAUUACCAGGAUCCCCAAAAGAAGGAUGACUACCAGGAACCCGCAACGGCAUAUGGCUACCAGGAACCUCACAAGAAGGGCGACUACCAGGAACCAGCAAAGACCUAUGACGGAGAGGAAGCCCACACGGAUGACUACCACGAACCCUCCAAAGCAUACAGUUAUCAGGAACCUUCUAAGCCAUUCGUCCACCAGAAAUCUACAUCUGAGUACCAGAAAUCACUCGAUUACAAGUACCAGGAACCUUCCUAUGAUUCUCGGGAACACGACGCAGCUUACCUGGCUUCGCUGUUCAUCAACGUUCCAGGUGAGGGCGUACCAGGAAAGGAUUAUCCCAUUCUAGCAACCGUGCCGUACACUGGCUUCUCAUGUGAUGGUUUGGAUUACCCAGGGCACUAUGCAGACUACAGGGCGCGAUGCCAAGUGUAUCAUGUUUGCCAGAAAGAUGGGCGGCACAGUUCCUUCCUGUGCCCUAACGGGACCGUGUUCAGCCAGUGGUAUUCGGUGUGUGACUGGUGGUUCAACGUCGACUGCGAUGGCGCUCAAACCUGGUUCGUAUAUACCAGGAAUGGAAUCAUCUUAGGGAAGGACGCCGAUUCUUCUCGUCCAGCGGGAGUGUCGAGUCGUCUGCCCCAGAAAUCUCGCUCUGGCCGCGUUUCCAAAGGUCUUGUGGUCUCGAAGGAUUAUGUGCCGCCUGUGGAGUCGUCUGAAGUAUCCUACUCGGCCGAAGAAUACAAGAGUCUUCCGACCCCGGAGAUCUAUGAAGUGCCUUCUGCAUCUCAUAGUUCUUCCUCAGAUUAUGCUGUAGAAUAUCAGCAGAGUACCACUACGACUAAAGAUCCUUAUGGGCUUAAAGUGAUCAAGCAACCAAGUGAUUCUGUGGCAAGCAUCAAAUCCGCAGGUAAAUAUGGGCCACCAGCACAAGCCACAGGGACUCACUACAGUUCGGAGACCCUAAAGAAUCAUGAACACGACACGUCGGAAGAUAGUUACGAAACAGGGACGCAAGGAAAGCCCCAGGGCACGAGCCAAGAAUCCUAUACCUCCAAGCCCCACGUCAACAACUUCGCCAGACGGGUCGUGAUAAGUGUACGGAACAAAGCCGACGCAAAAAAGCCCACAAGCCGAUACGUUACCGACGUCGAUUCGAGCGAAUACGACGUCUCCACGACAGACGUCUCCCACUUCAGGCAGGGGCACGUGAAGCCUUUGUUCCGAGACUCCGUUCGGCGCUUCGAAACAAAAAGAACCACGCUUGUGCAGGGCCCGCGACGCCCUUCUCCUGAACGAAGCCUAAUCACUCUCUACAGAGAUCCACAGUAACGUACUUCGCAAAAACUUCUAGCGUGUGGCGUACGAGGCUGAAAGGAUUAGUAAAAUACUAUGCUGUAUUUCCUGAUACAUAUCCACACUUUCUUCUUAGUAUAAAAGACAAGCAAAAAGAAAAAGGAAAAAGAAUGAAGGGAGAAAACUAUUCAGACACUGUUGGCGAAGUCUUAACAAAGUUAUGUUCUGAAUGCAUUUUCUGUUUGCUUAUUCUAUAGAAGCGCUGGUUCGUAUCAAUACAGGCCACCUUUUUCUUGUAAAGUGAGAAUAAAUACAUCAAAACAA